GUUGUUUUGUCAAACAUAGAGACUGUCGUAAAAGAGUUUUUCGACUACGCUUAGUUAUGGUUAGCCAGUUCAAACUAGAUUGUGCUUCUUCAAGUCUAUCUUCUUCUCCUCUUGUAGAUUCAGAAGCUCAUUUUGAACUCCCGGAAUAUGGUGUCGUUGGUAUGGUCGAUUGUGAAGAGUCAGAUGUUGCCAACUUGAACAAACAACCACCUUCUAUGUAUAUGAAAUUUGUUAUCAAGAGUGUUUUAGACUCUUUCAUAGAAGAAGCUAUUAGAAGCGGAGAAGAAAGUAUGCGUCCUUUUUCUUGGCGUCGGUUAGAGUGUUUAUUGAGCCAAGCGUUUGAACAGUUUCCUAUAUCCAACAUAGUAUCCUGUUGUAUCAUGAAGAUGGAAGGAGAAAGACUUUUUUGUGCAACCAUUGGAACCUGUGGUUUUGUAAUCAUACGAGAUGAUAAAGUAUUUUAUGAUACGCGUCCUUCAUGUUUACAAAUAUUGGAAAGUGCUUAUGAGAGUAAUAGUAUUCGUAAGGACAAGUUACCUUAUUUAGAAAGUCAUAUUCGAUAUAAUGAAAUUUCUGUCCAAGAAGAUGAUGUGGUUAUUAUUGGCAACCGAGGGUUUCUUUGGCAUAUAUCCAAUGAGCAGAUCAUUGCCUAUCUUCGUCCUGUUUCGAAUAGUUUUGACUCUACGCUGUCCAUUGCUAAUUAUACCAGUUUGGGUUAUUUGCGUCAAGACGAUCCUCGAAUGAUCAGCUAUAUGUUAACGCAUAUUGCUUAUCAUUUUGCGGAUAAUGGAAGUUUUCUAAGCUUAGAAUAUCCAAGAAAUAAUAGUAUGUUAUUGCCUACAUCUUCACUUUAUCCUAUUUCGAAUAUACAUUUGGUUGCUUGUAUUUCUUGUAUAGUUCGACGUCAAUCAUGAAAAGUCCAUUGGACUACAUAGAAAUGAAAGAAACAACCAUUCUUCCCU